GCCCAGUUGAAGCGGGUGGCGGCGGCGGAGCGCGCCCCCUCCCCCCCCCCGCCGAAAAGCCCCAAACCAAAACAAAAACAAACCGCCCCCUGUCCCCCCCCCGCCCGCCGCCCCCGCCGAACCUCGGACAUGGCGGCGCCGGGAGGGGGCUUCGCCAGCCGCGGGUGCUGAUCGGGCCGCCGCGUCCCCCUGCCCGCCCGUCCCUCCCCGCCCAUGGGCGAGACAUGGACUACGAGUUCAAGUCGAAGCUGGCGGCCGAGCGCGAGCGGGUGGAGGACCUGUUCGAGUACGAGGGAUGCAAGAAAAGAUGAAAAGGAGUAUGCACUGAAGCAAAUUGAAGGUACAGGGAUUUCCAUGUCGGCCUGUAGAGAGAUUGCACUUUUACGAGAGUUGAAGCACCCAAACGUGAUUGCAUUGCAGAAGGUUUUCCUUUCUCACAGUGACAGAAAGGUUUGGCUGCUGUUUGAUUAUGCUGAGCAUGAUUUGUGGCAUAUUAUCAAGUUUCACCGUGCCUCAAAAGCAAAUAAAAAGCCCAUGCAAUUGCCAAGAUCUAUGGUUAAAUCCCUACUCUACCAGAUCCUCGAUGGAAUCCAUUACCUCCAUGCAAACUGGGUGCUUCACAGGGAUCUGAAACCAGCAAACAUUCUGGUAAUGGGUGAAGGCCCUGAAAGAGGAAGAGUUAAAAUAGCUGAUAUGGGUUUUGCAAGAUUGUUUAACUCGCCUUUGAAGCCAUUGGCAGACUUGGAUCCAGUUGUGGUGACAUUCUGGUACAGAGCUCCAGAGCUGUUACUUGGAGCCAGACAUUACACAAAAGCCAUUGAUAUUUGGGCAAUUGGCUGCAUAUUUGCUGAACUGUUGACUUCAGAACCUAUAUUUCACUGUCGCCAGGAGGACAUCAAAACAAGUAAUCCUUUUCAUCACGAUCAGCUAGACCGCAUUUUCAGUGUAAUGGGAUUCCCUGCAGAUAAAGACUGGGAAGACAUAAGAAAGAUGCCAGAAUAUCCAACUCUUCAGAAAGACUUUAGGAGAACAACAUAUGCCAAUAGUAGCCUCAUAAAAUACAUGGAGAAACACAAAGUCAAGCCUGACAGCAAAGUUUUUCUUUUGCUUCAGAAGCUUCUUACUAUGGACCCUACAAAGAGAAUUACCUCAGAGCAGGCUUUGCAGGACCCCUACUUUCAAGAGGAUCCUCUGCCUACAUCAGAUGUGUUUGCUGGCUGUCAGAUUCCAUAUCCCAAAAGAGAAUUCCUCAAUGAAGAUGAACCUGAAGAGAAAGGGGAUAAGAAUCAACAGCAGCAGAAUCAGCAUCAGCAGCAGACAGCACCUCAGCAGCAGCCGCAGGCAGCACCGCAGCAGCCGCAGCCGCAGCAGCAGAACAGCACCCAGACCAACGGGACGGCCGGAGGCGCUGGCGCGGGCGGAGGGGGUGCAGGUGCGGGGCUCCAGCACAGCCAGGACUCCAGCCUCAACCAGGUGCCUCCGAACAAGAAACCACGCAUAGGGCCUUCAGGCGCUAACUCAGGCGGGCCUGUCAUGCCUUCAGAUUAUCAGCACUCCAGCUCACGCCUGAGUUACCAAAGCAACAUUCAGGGAUCUUCUCAGUCCCAGAGUACAAUGGGCUAUUCCACAUCAUCUCAGCAGAGCUCUCAGUAUCACCAAUCUCAUCAGUCUCACAGGUACUGAGAGGCCUGACAGGCUGCACUCAGAAAGGAAUGGACUAAAAGCCAGAAGACUCCAGCAAUAUGAAGUUCAUAAUGAUGAGAAGACCAAAAAUACAAACUGUAAUGCAGAAUUAAAGUUCGUGAUGACAAAAGGAAAACUUCACUCACUGAAGACUUCCCCUGCCCCAUCCCUUUAUUGCCAUAAAGGAGAUUCUUGUGAAGUUUUCCUUCCUCCCUGCCCUUGCAUGUGCUCCAUUGUGGUUACUCUAAUGAACCCUUCUGAUCUGAACCCAGCACUUAAUUUCUUUAACCUUUGGAAUUUUGAAGGAUUCCUGGUGCACCUUCCUUAUGCUGUAGUGAUUGCCAUAAAUCUGUCUUUUCAAUCUCUUUAAUGGGAUUUUAAAGUUUGAAAAUCUUGAACUCCCAGGCUUUCAAGCUUGUAUAUAGUUAGUUUUAUACUAGGCAAACCAGUUUAGCUAUACAGGUAUAUUGCACCUUUUUAAAGCACUAUGUUAUUUUCACAGGAUAUUACUGUUUUGCUCAUGGAUGUCAAGAACAGCAAAAUUUUACUGUUCCAGAGUAUUUUACUAUUCUGUUUUUAUUAGUCUAGUUUUCAGGCAAAGUUAAAAAUAAAAAA